ACUUCUAAACAAAAAGGUAUAUCCGGAUUGAAAAUCUUGGCUCUGCGCUAGAAGAUUAACUUUUUCCGUAUAAAAAAUGAUCAAAGGAAUGUCACCAGACAAUGUUCGUGGCCUCGUUUUGGCUGUUUCAUCGAGCAUUUUCAUUGGAUCCAGCUUUAUUAUCAAGAAACAGGGUUUGAAGAAAGCUGGAGCAUCAGGACCAAGAGCCGGGCAAGGUGGGCACUCCUACUUGUACGAACCUUUGUGGUGGGCAGGAAUGAUAACCAUGGUUUUUGGGGAGAUAGCUAAUUUCGCUGCUUAUGCCUAUGCUCCUGCAAUUCUUGUAACGCCAUUGGGAGCCUUAAGUAUUAUUUUCAGUGCAGUGCUAGCUCAUUUUAUUUUGAAGGAGAGAUUACAUAUCUUUGGUAUGCUCGGAUGUGCUCUUUGUGUGGUUGGCUCUACAACCAUUGUCUUACAUGCUCCAAAGGAAAGAAAUAUUGAAUCCGUCAAACAAGUAUGGCAGCUUGCAACAGAGCCGGGAUUCAUUGUAUACUUUUGGGUCGUUUUGGUUGUUGUAGCAGUGAUCAUUUUUCGAUAUGUUCCACGCUAUGGCCAAACCCAUUUGAUAGUUUAUAUCGGAAUCUGCUCCCUUAUGGGAUCUCUUACGGUAAUGGGUGUUAAAGCAGUAGGAAUCGCACUGAAGCUGUCGUUUGGAGGCAUGAAUCAAUUUAAAUACUACGAAACAUGGAUAUUCACAGCAAUUGUGAUCUUUUGCUGUCUUCUGCAAGUAAAUUACUUGAACAAGGCUUUGGACACCUUUAACACUGCUGUUGUAUGUCCUGUUUACUAUGUCAUGUUCACAACACUCACCAUUUUUGCCAGCAUGAUCAUGUUUAAGGAUUGGGAUUCUCAAGGUGGGACAGAGAUUGCAACGGAGUUAUGUGGAUUUAUUACAAUUAUAUCAGGAACAUUCCUCCUCCACAAAACCAAAGAUAUGGGAAACAAUUCCAGUGGCAGACUCCCUGUUUAUACAUCUUCUGAUCCUAUCCCCAUCUCUAGUUCUAGAUAGUCAGUCCAACAGGCUUGAAAUUCGAAUUCAGAUUCUAAUACUGUGCCUUGUUUCAGAUAUUGCUUUUAGUUUCAUACAAGUGAGGGAAAAAAUGAAAAAAUAAAAUAAAAAACAAAGGGAGAAUCAGGAAUCCUU